ACUAACAGUGAUUGUUCCACUUUGCAGGCCCGAAAUCAUCUUCUGUGAGGCAACAAGACAAGCAACAUGGCCACUCAAUCAGCCCGUCUUGGUCCGAGUAUUCGUGAGCAUCUGGAAUGUCCAAUCUGCUUCGGCUUUUUCCGGCAGCCCAAGAUGCUGGACUGUAUGCACAGUUUUUGUCUGAAAUGCCUCCAAGAGCUCAGUCAAGAACAGGAUGCACGGAGUAAGAAACUAACCUGCCCUGUAUGCCGACAUGAAACUGCACUGAAAGAAAAUGGAGUUGCCUCUCUGUCUAGCAAUUUCACAUUAAGUGCCUUGGUUGAAGCGGCAGCUUUAGAGGAGCAGCUUCCAGGAGGUCAAGGUUCAGUGGUCAAAUGCCAAGCCUGUGAUGAGGACAAUCGGGCCAUUUCAAGGUGUGAAGAUUGUGGGUAUUAUCUUUGUCAAGAGUGUCAAAGGGCUCACGAGCGCUUGGCAAUGAUGAGAUCGCACAAAAUCUACACGCUGGCGCAGCUCAAAUCUCAGGUGUUGGUCCAAGUGACCAAAUCCAGUGGUGGCAUUGCUCAUCAGUGUGGGGAGCAUUUGGACCAGAAUGCCUGCCUGUAUUGCAGCACCUGUGAGCAGUUAGUGUGCACAAAUUGUUCACUCCGUGAUCAUGACACUGAUGAGCACCAUCUUAGUGGCAUAGCUGAGGCUUCAGAAAAAUGCAGACAGCAUGUGGCAGACCUUUUUGCAAAAGCUGCACAGGGAGCGAAACGGUUGAGCCUUGCCAUCGUGGAAAUGGAGAUGUCCCGCAAGAAACUAGAUGCCAUGUUUGCCGGUGUUACACAGAAGGUCUCUGCAAGGGCCAGUGGAGAGGUUGCCAGGAUUAGAGAUGAGGAGCGGAAGAUGAAGCAAGAAGUGCUGAAGAUCUACAAAGACAGAGCCAAGAUCUUUGAAACUGCACAAGCCACAAGUGGCCAAGAGUUAGCAGAGGCUCAGCACAAGCUUGAUGAGGCAAAGGGGCUCCUGGCUCAGGAAAGCCAAUGUGAGAUCUUGGAAUUCAAACAGAAACUCUUGCAUAACCUUAAUGAGUUGGCUCACAAACAACCAGAGACAGUACCUGAUUCUUUGGUGUUCAUGGACUUUGAAAAUGGUCAGGAGUGUCCACUUGGGCGACUAGUGCUAUGUGAUCGGGACUCCGAAUCUGAUGGAACAGAAACGUUAAAUUCUCGGAGAAAAUGGGAAUUGAAAACAGAAUCAGUAAACUGUGAACCAGACCAGGUAGAAUUUGGUUUUGCAUACGAUGUGGCUGCAUUCUCUGAUAAUGAAAUAGCAGUUGCAGACAUUGAGAAGAGCCAGAUUACUUUUUUACCCUCACAGGAAGGUGAUGAUGAACUCAGCCAUUCAAGUCUACCAAGGCAAGAACUCACUGCUCUCUAUCACCCUAGCCAUGUUUCAGUGAACAGGGAGGACUCACUUGUUGUUCUUGACGGUCUUGCUGUCAAGGUCUUUAACAGGAAAGACUAUGAGCUCCUCCAUGAGUUCAUGCCAGGUAGAGGCUCCAACAGCACCCCAACGUGCCUUGCAGUGGACGACAAUGAUCUGAUAGCGGUGGGUUAUGAGGAUAAGGAGGUGAUAUGCCUGCACAGCCUAGACGGUACCCUCAUCAGAACACUACCCGCUCCGAUGAUUGGUGAUUACUUGACCACCUACAAGCAGCGCUUCAUCUACAUCAAUCACGGUCGGAAAAAGUUGAUUGCAGUUGACUACGAUGGCAUUAGGGUGUUUUCUGAAGAUGUCGACAUCCACAAACAGGAUAAGAACCUAGGCCCCACCAGCGAGUGCUGUGACAAGGAGGGACUCAUCUACGUAGCGGUGCUAAAACCUUGGUCUGGGGAAAUUCACUGCUUUGGUCCUGAUGGAAAAUACAAGGGGUGUGCUAUUGACGCUUGCGGCCCAACACUUGGCCUAACGUUCACUCCGCAAGGGGAACUCGCAUUGGCUGCUGAGCAAGCUGUACAAAUUUACCACCCUGUGUAAUUUGUGCAUGUACUGGAAUUGCCGUGACAAGUAAGGCAGCCAGUCAUUUGAACAUUCAAGAGAUCUCGGGUUCUUAAAAGCCUUCUCAAGUUCUCUGAAAUUGCUGGACCGAAUACUAGUAACCCUGAUAGUGCAGUGACGAUUUCUCAAUAUCAGGUUGAAUCAUUCGAGGAUCCAGGAGGGCCGUCAGUGACCAAACUUUUUUCAAAUAAGGCCAUUUUUUUCACUUGUUAGAGCUCUUCUGCCACCCCUCCCCAAGCACAGUCUUAGCCCCCCUCCCCCCUCUGCAGUAACCUCUCUGGAUCCACUCUUGUGAAUGUAUAAUUCAAGCUUUUUUAUUUUUCUGGGCUUCUGCAGCAUUGGUGAUUUAAAAGGAAUUGACAUCUUUUUUUGCCAAGUCCUCUAGUAAAGAAUGAUAGUAGGAAUCAAGCCCUAGCACCCAGGCUGAGUUGACUGGGUACUGAAUAUUAAGUAAGAAAUAUGGGUGUUGGCACAGAUGGUCUGAUGACACAUGCAUGCAAGAAUAUUUUUUUGCGAGAGGGCAGUUUUCAACUGCUUGAACAAAAAAAACUUUUUGUCAAAAAAAUUCAGAUUUUCACCCACAAACAAAAGUCUGAGUACCACACUGUUUGGUUUUGAGCUUGUUCUACAUUUGUACACCACCAUGCAUGUACAUGUAUUUCACUUUAGUUGUAGGACUCAGAAAUAGACCUUAUGCUCAGGAAAUCCAUUCCUAAUGCUAAAACCAUUUAGACAGUUUUUGCAAACUAAUCCCCCAAUUUGUUUUCAGUAUCCAUAUUGAUUAUGCUUGAAGUACUUUCAUUUCACUGAAGAUGCAAAUUUAAACGGGUAGGUCAUAGAAUUUUACGAUUGCCUUUGAUGAGAGACAGCAGCAACAAUU